AUGGGUAUGAGACAUCAAUUGCCCGGGGAAACUUACGAAGAGUUCCAGCGUUCAACCAUGUCUUCUUCAGGGGAGUCUAGCGCAAGUGUUGUUGACACACCUGGUUUUCAUAUCCCUGGUGCUGAUAGCCCCGAUGUUGACAGCCCCGAUGUUGACAGCCCUGAUGUUGAUAGCGAUGCGUAUUCAGGCCCUUAUUUCCCCGCGUCGAUACCCUCUACUGGCUCAAGUAUACAUGCAUAUGACCCAGCAACAAUGAGCGACAGCGAGGGUGAAGAGUGCAUAGAUGACAAGGAUUAUUUCCUAGAUGUCUACGGCCAGAUAACAGACAUUCGACGCUCGCUUGCAACCACGUCGACACCCAACGAUGUUGGCGUUUAUGAAGGCCGUACUCGAUCUCACAUAAUAUCCUCCGAACUCCGUGGUGUCAAACACGAUUUGUCAGUCAUGCUAAAGGUUCUUUUCAGGUCGCGUUGGAACCAGCUGGUUGCCGUUGGCAGCGUUUCGGAAGACGAGCCCGAUGUACAAAACCGAGUGACUCAGCGGGAGCACGAUGAUGUUAAGCUGGACCUGGCAUGUAUUGAGUACGAAUACAACAUGGCACCCGAUGGUCGUGUUGCAAUGGAUGAAGAAGUCCACGUCCGAAUCGCGCUGGACCGGCUGUAUGGACAGCCGGAUCUUGUGUUUUUUCAACGGGAAAUACAGGAUGCACCCCCGGAAGUGAUUAGGGCUUUCAAUCGGCGUAGUAAAGAAAAGGUGUACUAUUUCGAGCACCAUUCCGAUUUGAACACCCUACUCAUCCAGGAAUGCGAUGGAAUCAUCACGGAAUGGUUACAGCCGAUAAUGGACCAGAGGCGCGUUACGGUGCACGAUACAGUCAACCCAUUCACAGAUGGGGAACAACGUUAUCAGCAUCGAAAUGUGCGACUACUUCCAUAA